AUGGUUGCCCUAAAAUACCCUACUCUUGCCCUUUCAGCGGCGGCCGCGUCUCUCGCAGCUCCGACUGAGCGCAUCGAGCGCAGCUCUGAGCCCAACUUCGAGCUCGACGUGACCCUGGAUCUCGUUAAGCGUCAGAACUAUACCCAGGACUAUGUUACCAGUGGCACCGUCAACUAUAGUCCGUCGAGCAACGGGUACUCGGUCACCUACUCCGGCGCCGGAGACUUUGUCGUCGGCAAGGGCUGGAGCACUGGCAGCACUAGCAGAGCUAUAACCUUCUCUGGAUCCACGUCUGCCACCGCCGGCACCAAUCUCGUUUCCCUCUACGGCUGGAGCACAAACCCGCUCGUGGAGUACUACGUCCAAGAAUGCUACACCGGCGGCUCCGCCGGCCAGGGCACUGUCAAGGGCACCCUCACUAGCGACGGCUCGACGUACACCGUCUACGAGCACCAGCAGGUCAACCAGCCAUCCAUCCAGGGCACGACGACCUUCAGCCAGUACAUCUCCGUGCGCUCGAGCCAGCGGUGUUCCGGCGGCACCAUCACCUUCGCCAACCACGUCAAACAGUGGGCCUCGUACGGCAUGAACUUGGGCACGAUGAACUACCAGACCAUCUCUACCGAGGGCUGGGGUGGCGCUUCAGGAUCGAGCAACUACACUGUCUCCGGCUGA